GGGUGUGUUUUGGGAACUACAAAUCCCAUCAGCCUUAGUGCUAUAAAAGGAAGUGGUAUGAUUCGUUCUUUCACUUCCUCCUUUGGUCCUUCCGCUAAUCCAUGAAAGGUAGCUACGACAAAGCUAAGGUAUGGCAUUGAUAUUAUAUGGGAAAUUAUCAGUCAUCGAGUUAUUUUAAAUAAUGCUUUUCUGUCUCUCAUACGCUUUCUGUGUGGUGAUUGAAUAGAAAACACAGCGCGAUGUAUUGCGUAAUGGCAAUAGACCAGCAGGAGUAAAGAUCGUUUGUCUGCAGUGGCAUAUCAAACACUAGUAAUAUUAGUGUCAAACAUGAGAGGUAUCGUUUGGCAGGUAGUGAUUUUAUUGGUUGAAUAAAAUGAACCACAUGUAUUUUAUUUAUACUUUGUUUGUUGUUUUUAGUAUUAAGGACUUGCUGGUUGCCUGAGUAUCACUAAAACAAGAUAAAGGAUGGUAGAGGUAUUGUUUAUUUUAUUAUUUUUAAAGGGUUUAUAAAGUUUUAAUUGUUUUAUGACUAUUGAUAUGAAGGUUGAAUGUAAAUCUGGGCUUUUCUGUUUUAUUUAUUUAGUAAUGGAUUGUGUUUUCCCUUGCAGGGAUGCACGGUUACCGUUUAUUUGAUAUUUAAUUUUCCUUUUGAAGUGUUGUUUCUUUAAGUUGACCGUAUAAGAACUAAGGUCACAAUCAAAGAACAAACUGAAUGAUUUCUAGUUCAUUUAAAGGGUUUAUGUACUUCAUUUGCAGUACCCACUGUUGCUAAUAUUGGUUUUUUGUUUCCUUUUGUAGAUUUCAUUUUGACCCAUCGGUGGCUGCGGGGUUGCCUUCACUGGUGGAUGAUGGUGUGGUGGUUUGGUCACUCUUAUGUCUUUUUCUUUAGGUCUGCAGUGUGAUUUGCUGUGAGUGGAUUGCAGUGCGAGCACAUUUGUCUAACACAUUGUCUUCACACGAAUAGGUAUGUAAACCAGAAAGACAUGCUGUACGUAGCUUCAGCUAUUGAUCCACGUUUCAAAGCUCUGCCAUUUCUGAAUGAGGAGGAGCGAGACAGGACCUUCUCCAAACUCCAGACUGAAGCAGUGUGUGGGAUGGAGGAAGAUGCAUAUAAUCAAGAUGAUGCUGCUGAUGAAGUUGAUGGAGUGAAUGAAGAGGUGGAACCCCAACCUCCGGCACCCAAGCAAUUCAAGCAAUCCAGUGCUUUGGAGUCUCUCCUUGGGGAAGCCUACAGACCACAACAGGAAGUAGGACCACAGAAAACUAAAGCGGCAGAGGCAGAAGAUGAGAUCAAAAGGUACAGGGCAAGGAGACCUGCGGGACUGCAGGACAAUCCUCUCAUCUGGUGGCGGGAGAAUGAAAAGGAGUAUCCUCUUUUGGCUUGCAUGGCAAAGCGAUAUCUCUGUGUCCCAGGAACCAGCGUCACAUCUGAGAGGGUUUUUUCAACUGCAGGUGAUAUCAUUACUGCCAAAAGAAGUUGCCUUACACCUGGGCAUGUCAAUGAGCUACUGUUCCUGCAGAAGAAUCUUUCCAUUCCUGAGUGAUGGCAGUUCACACUCUGGGUUAAAAGACAAGUUUAAUUUCCAGUUUAUUUGUAUUUGCACUUUAAUAGGUAAGGCCUUUCCAGUUUUUAUUUAUUUUUAUCUACUAUUUUAGUUUAAAAUGACCAGUUUACACAAAUACACUUUAAAGGCAAUUUAAUGUCUUAUACCUGGAGUACCUGAAGGUUUUACAAAAAACUGUGACACACUUGUGUUUUCUAAAGGUUUUUGUAAGUUCAAGUUUUAUUUGCAUUUUUACAUUCUGUGUAAUGCUAUCUGUUUACUGUGAAGCCAGUAUCCAACAAUCUGUUUACAUUUGCACUGGCUUAGAACAAAUGUGUUCUAAAUGUUGAUCAUUAAAAUGAAAAAUAAAGGUGCAUUUGCAUCUGAA